GCGAACGCUGACGGAAACAUUUCCCGAACCAUGAACUCAUGCAACUCUGCUUGGUUGAGCGAAGGAAUUUUAUUUUAACUCGUCAUCACAAUCAAAACCACAACCAUGGCGGACUAUUCUUCAUUGGACGGAGAACGCGGCGAUGGCCUUCUCUCUGUGCCAUCGGGGGACUCCUCGACUUCCUCCAAAUCGAGACUUAGGUUACCGCGCAUGGGCAGAGGACCUUCGGGGGCAUUAUCUCAGCCGCUCAACGCGUCGACAGUCGAGGAUGAUGUCGAUUCGUCGGAUCCUUAUUACGUCUUUCAAAGUGAUCUGUGCAAUAAAUUGGAGCUGGUCGAUGAGGCAUUAGCAGAGUUUCUGAGAGUAGUUCAUCAAACUGACACUGCUGUCAACACUCACGAACUCAAAGAAGCCAAGAAACAUCUGAAACGAGCUAUCAAAAAUGCGGAACCAUUGCUGGGGGAUGUUCAAGCAACAAUCCAAUUGGUGGAGAAGGAUCGCGAGAAAUUUCAUAUCGACAACACGGAGCUCUAUGACAGAAAAGCUUUGGUCAAUACUAGCAUGGAACGAUUAAACUUGGCAAGGCAAGAAAUGAACUCGGAGGAAGUCAAACGAAAACUAGUGGUCGACAAUCGAGCCAAAACCCUCCGAAGAACCAACAACAACAAUAGCAAUGCGGCGGAAAAUGGCACUGCGCAGCAGCAAGCCAAUGCCGAAUUCAUUGCAGAUUCUCAUGCACGGGCUUCCAUGUUGAUAAUGCAGCAAGACGAAGCACUGGAUGAUCUUGAUUCAGCUGUCGUUAGAGUGGGACACAUGGCCGAGACGAUCCAUGAAGAAAUUGGGACACAAAAUAAAAUGCUAGAAGACAUGGAUGCGGAUCUUGCCAAUGCCGAAGAACAAUUGGGGAUGGUCAUGGGCAAGUUGGCAAAGUUGCUCAAAACCAAAAACAAGUGUCAGCUAGGAACCAUCCUCUGCCUGCUGGCCAUUGUUAUUGUGCUCUUCCUUCUUGUCCUCUACACGUAAUCACGAAGAUCAUCAACAACAACAACCAACCUUGGCCACAGGGGAUCAGUGCGUCUUCCAGCGCGGGAACACAAAAAAUCAACAACACUCUAGUCCACCGACGAGCCCAAUUUUUUCUACGGUAGCAAGAUGCGUCUGCAGGAAUUCUCCCACAUUACGCAACAAUGCUGGAGGAAAGAAAUCAGGCGGCCGCCAAAGAGCAUUCAAAAGGAGUUGCAUCAAUGACCACUGUCGUCCGCCCCCUUCUUCAGUUCUCUCUCCAGGUCUCCCUUUAUUGCUAACUACUAGAGCUUGUCAAAAUAUUC